CGUGUGUAGUUAUUUCUUAAAAGCUUUUAAAUUAAUUCUUUCUAUUUUAAAAUGUAUCAAUCGAAUCAAGUAAGUAAUUGUUGUUUAUGAACUAUGAAUAGAGACAUUGAUAUGUGAAGUUUGCUUUCAAUAAUUUUAACUAGAUUUUAUGUGACCCAAUAUAAUUGGUCUGAAAAAACUAGUAUAUUGAUAAGGUAUAUCUAAUUUAAUUUUAAACUGAUAUCCAAUAUCCCAAUUGUGCCAAUAUCAAUAAUUAAAUAAUAAAUAUAAAGAUAUUAAUAUGUGUAUGACUCAUACCAAUACUAGGCACCUAAUUUUCAAGAAUCUAAAAUGUAAGAUCUACAUAUAUCAAGAUCUAAUAAACAAUUCAAUUUGAAUAAUAACAUAGUAUAGUUAUAUGUACGUAUUGUAUUGCAAUAGAAUAACUAUUAUAGUUUAUUUCAGCAUAAACAUUAGUUAAACAGGUACGGAACAAAAAUUAUAUUAAAAGAAAAAUUAUGAGUAAAAGAAAAAUACCUCGAGAAAAGUCUUGUAGAAUAACUAAAAAUAUUAAACUAAAUACAACAAGCAGUUAUAAUGUGAUGCAUGAACACAAUUACUUUCAUAUUAAUAAUAAAAAAGGCCGAUGGUCAAUCGGAAAUACUGAAAUAAUAGCAAAUGAUUAUGAUAAAUGUGAUUCUAUACCAGAAUGGUGUAUAGCCAACAGUUCAAGUGAUGAAGAAGAUGAUACUAAAGUUAUGCCUCUUUCUCAUAUAUUGAAAAUAGAACUUGAAAAAGACCUACAAUAUGAGUACAAAAAAAAGAAAUGUGCAAAUGAUUUAUUACCAUUUAAUGAAGAACAAAUGUAUAGGGAAUUAAAUAAUACAAAUAAUCAUGAUUUGUCAAAUAUUUCUAAUGAUUCAAAUAAUAUAAUAAGUGAAAAUAUUGUAUUAAAUGAUGGAAAACAAUAUAAAAUAAUGCAAAUAGUUCCAUUAGAUAAUGAUGCAACUAUUAUACAAAAUCAAAAUAUUACAAAUGGCACUGAAUUUCAAACAAAAUUGAGUAAUCAACCAUGUAUGAAACUUACUGUUAAGAACAAUUGUACUCAUAAUGAAUUAUUAAAUACUUCAAUGAAUACAAAAGCAAGAAAAGAUGAUAAAAAUUUGCAAAAUUAUUUAUUGAGCUCAUCUUUACAUCUAAGCAAUUUACUGUUUGCAAAAACAGCACAUUCUUCAUACGAUAAUGCUGAUUUUGCAAAAACAGAUACACCUACAAACAAUGUAUGUCCACCAUUACAUUGGAUUCAUUUAAUAUAUUUAGCGAUAAAAAAUUCUGCUACCGAGAAUGUAACUUGUUAUGAUAUACAACGUAUAGUCAGAUGUUGGUUCCCCUAUUUUUGUAAAAAAUCAUAUGUCAAAUUUAUUCGUAUAAUAUUAAGUCAUAUUAAUCAUAACUGUCAAAAAUAUUUUCACUGUAAUUCAUUUACAAUUAUGAUUCACCAAGAUGAUACAUGGACAGUUAAUAAUAUCCAUAUAAAUACUUUGGAAGAUAGUUUGAUGAAAAUUGUUGAAAAUAAUGAGAAUGAAAUAAAAUCAGCAAUGGCUCAUCCUGAUCAAUUAUCAACGAUAGUAAAAGGAUAUGGUAUACUUUAUUUGGGGUGCAGCCAAAAUGACAGUUUUUGAUAUGAAAAUAAUUUAAAUUAUAACUGAAUAAACAAGAAAUUCAUGACUAUAAUCCAGAGACUACUACUAAAUUUUCCAUAAAAUGGUAUUUAAAUUUCUUAAAAAUAUUAUAUGCAUAGUACAAAAUAUAUGGCUGCCUAGUUAUUAAUAAAAUACAUCUAAUUUUGUAUAUUUUAGUUAUUUUGUAGUAAUUUAUAAUAUUAAUACAACUUACCGGCUUGCGUAUUAAUAAUAAGUAAUAACAAUAUAAAUAUAAUAUUAAAUAUCUACACAGAAAAACCGUCUCUCUUGUACAUUUGUAAGACGAAGACACCGCGUCAUGGGGUGUAGCAUCUUCUUAAAUAGUGUUUUCCAGUUUUGAAUCUAUUAUUAGAAGGUUAUCUCAAAUUGUCAGGUUUUUAUACCACAAACCUAUUCACACCAGUCCACGGUACAUUGGUAUGACUUAUAAGUUAUAGCCAAUGCUUGAAUUGAGAAAAGGCGCUAGGUGACGGAGUCCCUCUUGUUUUUUAAAAAAAUAUUUAUUUGUACCCUUUUAAUUAUAUCUUAAUCAAUAAGACAUUUAAAUAUUUAGGUACUCACAUUUCUUUUUAUACUUUUGCAUCCCCAUUUAAUUUUUUUCCAAAUCAAGCAUGGCCUAUAAGUUUAAAUAAAUAAGUUAUAAGUUAAUUGCAGCAGUUGGAAAUUGUAAUUGCAGUUGAUUACUAACGUUUGAGAUUUGUUGUUUGCAAAUAUUUGUUCAACCUGUCAUUACUAAGUACUAAAAGAAAAAUUAACCAAUACUAGUAAUAUCAUAAAUAUAAUAAAACAUCCUUUGAAAUAAGGACUGAUUUAUCAUUAUAUAGUAUAUACACCGAUUUAUCAUUGAAUUCAAAUUUAAAACAACCAUUAGUUAUCUACUCAAGGUAGUCUCGAAACCUAGCUUUUAUAUAAAAAAUCAACUUCCGUUUUUUUUUUUUUUUUUAAUUACACUAGUAUUUUAAUAUUAACACUGUAUUAUUUUAUAUC